AUGUCCUGGGUUCACCUGAAAAACAUUGAGGCAGAGGGUAUGUACAUGGCGGAAGUAGGUGUGAGAAGAAGGAGCCUGGGGAAGAAGAGAUAUUCAGCACAGAAACAGUUUUGGAAAGCUGCCAAACCAGGAGGAACAAGUACCACUGACACAGUCCUGCUCAACAAACUCCACCACGCUGCUGAUUUAGAGAAGAAACAGAACGAAUCGGAGAACAAGAAGUUGCUCGGGACAGUCAUCCAAUAUGGAAAUGUCAUCCAGCUCCUUCAUCUGAAGAGUAAUAAAUAUUUGACGGUGAAUAAACGCCUGCCGGCUCUCCUGGAGAAGAACGCCAUGCGAGUGACUCUGGAUGCUGCAGGAAAUGAAGGCUCCUGGUUCUACAUCCAACCGUUCUACAAACUGCGCUCUAUAGGAGACAGUGGGGAUGUUGUUCGGUUGUUCCAUGCAGAGCAGGAGAAGUUUCUGACGUGUGAUGAUCAUCGCAAGAAGCAGUAUGUUUUCCUUCGGACAACCGGACGCCAGUCUGCUACAUCAGCCACCAGCAGCAAAGCACUUUGGGAGGUGGAGCUGGACUCUGAACAGGAAGUGAUGCGUGCUCGGGUACGCAAUGUGCAGGAGAAGGUCAUGUACACUUUGGUUUCUGUUCCUGAUGGAAACGACAUUUCCUCCAUCUUCGAGCUGGACCCUACCACUCUGAGAGGGGGGGACUCACUGGUGCCCAGCACCAACCAUCCCAUAGACAAGGAGGAGGAGAAACCUGUCAUGCUCAGGAUCGGUACGUCUCCCCUGAAGGAGGAUAAGGAAGCUUUUGCCAUAGUGCCCGUGUCUCCUGCUGAGGUACGAGAUCUCGAUUUCGCCAACGAUGCCAGUAAGGUUUUGGCUUCUAUUGCUGGCAAACUGGAGAAGGGCACAAUUACACAAAAUGAGAGAAGGGCAGUGACAAAGCUGCUGGAGGACCUGGUUUAUUUUGUGGUGGACAUUCCCAACAGUGGUCAGGAUGUCCUGGAGAUCACCGUGAACAAACCUAACAGAGAGCGACAGAAGCUGAUGAGAGAGCAGAACAUCCUCAAGCAGAUCUUUAAGCUCCUGCAGGCCCCGUUUACUGACAGUGGUGAUGGUCCCAUGCUGCGAUUAGAGGAACUGGCAGACCAACGCCACGCCCCCUUUCGCCAUAUCUGCCGUCUCUGCUACAGAGUUCUGAGGCACUCACAGCAGGACUACCGCAAAAACCAGGAGUACAUAGCCAAGCAGUUCCGCUUCAUGCAGAAGCAGAUUGGAUAUGACGUGUUGGCUGAAGACACCAUCACGGCUCUGCUGCACAACAACCGCAAACUGCUGGAGAAACACAUCACUGCUGCUGAGAUCGACACCUUCGUCAGUCUGGUCCGCAAGAAUAGAGAGCCCAGGUUCCUGGAUUAUUUAUCAGAUCUGUGUGUGUCGAUGAACAAAUCCAUUCCAGUGACACAGGAGCUAAUCUGUAAUGCCGUUCUGGAUCUGGCAAACUCGGACAUCCUCAUUGAGACCAAGCUGGUGCUGUCACGGUUUGAGGUGGCGGGGGCAGUGCUGGGGGAGAGUGCAGAGGAGGAAGAGGAGGAUGAGGAGGAGGUGUGGUUGUUCUGGAAGGACAGCAGUGGAGAGGUUAAGAGUAAAAGCAUCAGAGAACUCGCUCAGGAUGCCAAAGAGGGACACACUGAGGACCAGGAGGUGAUCAGCUAUUACAGGUACCAGUUGAACUUGUUCGCUCGGAUGUGUCUGGAUCGUCAGUAUUUGGCCAUCAAUAAGAUCUCAGCUCAGUUGGAUGUGGAUCUGAUUCUGCGCUGUAUGUCGGAUGAAGAUUUGCCCUUUGACCUCCGGGCCUCGUUCUGCCGUAUGAUGCUACACAUGCACGUGGAUCGCGACCCCCAGGAACAGGUCACACCAGUCAAAUACGCCCGCCUGUGGUCCGAGAUCCCUUCCCAGAUCUCCAUCGAAGACCGAUCAGCACACUGCCGGUUUCCUCCUCUCAGUUAUGAUAAUGACGGGAUGACACGGGACGAAGUGAAGGAGAAGUUUUCCCACACCAUGGAGUUUGUGGAGAAUUACCUGCGUGACGUUGUGUGCCAGAGCUUCCCUUUUUCAGACAAAGAGAAGAAUAAACUCACUUUUGAGGUAGUGAACCUGGCCAGGAAUCUGAUCUACUUUGGCUUCUAUAACUUCAAAGACCUACUCCGGCUGACGAAGAUCCUGCUGGCCAUCCUGGACUGUGUCCACGUCAGCACCUCCUUCACGGUCACACUGAACCAGAACUCAGGCAGUAAUGUAAUACGCUCCAUACAUGGUGUGGGUGAACUGAUGACUCAGGUGGUUCUGAGAGGAAGUGGUUUACUGCCCACCACGAGCCGUAAUUCUCCAGACCGAGACUCGGUGAAAGCUCAAGCAGAACCUCAGAAGCAGGACAUCCUGGUGAUGGACACCAAAUUAAAAAUUAUUGAGAUCCUGCAGAGUGAGUUUGAUGAAAGUAACUCACAAACAGAGACGUCGAUAAACACCGAAUCACAGAGCAGCGUUCAGGGUGCACUGGACUUUGAGCACAUUGAAGAGCAGGCAGAGGGGAUAUUUGGAGGAAGUGAGGAGAACACCCCAUUGGAUCUAGAUGAUCAUGGUGGUCGGACGUUUCUCAGGGUUCUCCUCCACCUGACCAUGCACGACUAUCCUCCCUUAGUGUCCAGAGCUCUGCAUCUCCUCUUCAGACACUUUAGUCAGAGACAGGAGGUUCUGCAGGCCUUCAAACAAGUGCAACUCUUGGUCACCAGUCAGGAUGUGGAGAACUAUAAGCAGAUAAAAGCUGAUUUGGACCAGCUGAGGUCCAUAGUGGAGAAGUCAGAGCUGUGGGUAUAUAAGAGACAGGGCUCAGACUCAGGACUGCACACAGGAGAGGUCAUCGCCACGGAAACGCAUCACAAGAGUGACUCGGGUUCUGACGGAUUACACAAACCCAAGGUGGAGAGCACCAGCAGCUCCAACUACCGACUCGUCAAGGAGGAGAUCAUGACCCUCGCUCAUCAGUUCCUCCAGAAUUUUUGUGCAGGAAACCAGCAGAACCAGGCUUUACUGCACAAACACAUUAACCUGUUCCUCAACCCUGGAAUUCUAGAGGCUGUGACCAUGCAACACAUCUUCAUGAAUAACUUCCAGCUGUGCAGUGAGAUUAAUGAACGUGUUGUUCAGCACUUUGUUCACUGCAUCGAGACUCACGGCCGCAGCGUGCACUACCUCAAAUUCCUGCAGACCAUCGUCAAAGCUGAGAACAAGUUCAUCAAGAAGUGUCAGGACAUCGUCAUGGCUGAGCUGGUGACUGCAGGUGAGGAUGUCCUGGUGUUCUAUAACGAUCGUGCAUCAUUCCAGACAUUAGUGCAGAUGAUGCGUCUCGAGAGGGAACGUCUAGAUGAGAACAGUGCUCUCAGGUAUCAUAUCCACCUGGUGGAGCUUUUGGCUGUGUGUACCGAAGGUAAAAACGUCUACACAGAGAUAAAAUGUAAUUCUCUUCUUCCACUGGAUGACAUCGUGCGUGUUGUCACACAUGAGGACUGCAUUCCUGAGGUGAAGAUGGCGUACGUGAACUUCCUGAAUCACUGCUACGUGGACACGGAGGUGGAGAUGAAGGAGAUCUACACCAGUAAUCACAUGUGGAAGCUGUUUGAUGACUUUCUGGUGGACAUCUGCAGAGUGUGUAACAACACGAGCGAGCGUAAACAUGCAGACAUGGUCCUGGAGCGCUAUGUGACAGAGACCAUCAUGAGCAUCGUCACCACCUUUUUCAGCUCUCCGUUCUCCGACCAGAGCACCAGCCUCCAGACUCGGCAGCCGGUGUUUGUGCAGCUGCUGCAGGGGGUGUUCCGUGUGUAUCACUGUACCUGGCUGGUCCCGGGUCAGAAAGGCAGUGUGGAGGCCUGUAUAAAGGUUCUGAGUGACGUGGCUAAAGGCAGAGCGAUUGCGAUCCCGGUGGAUUUGGACUGUCAGGUGAAUAAUCUGUUCAUCAACUCCAAUAAAUUAGUACAGAAGACGGCUCUGAGCUGGAGACUGUCUGCCCGCAACGCUGUGAGGAGAGACUCAGUGCUCACGGCCUCCAGAGAUUACCGCAACAUCAUCGAGAGGCUGCAGGACAUAGUUUCAGCGUUAGAGGAGCGUUUGAGGCCUUUGGUCCAGGCUGAGCUCUCCGUGUUGGUGGAUGUUCUCCAUCGUCCUGAGCUGCUGUUUCCCGAACACACUGAAGCUCAUCGCAAGUGUGAGAGUGGAGGAUUCAUCUGCAAGUUGAUAAAACACACAAAGCAGCUGCUGGAAGAGAAUGAGGAGCGUCUGUGCAUCAAAGUUCUGCAGACGCUCAGAGAAAUGAUGACCAAAGACAGAGGAUACGGAGAAAAGGGCGAGGCUCUGAGGCACUUACUGGUGAACCGUUACUAUGGUAACUUCCGAAGCGGUGGGAGAAGAGACAGCCUGAGCACCUUCACCAACUCAGCACUCACAUCUACAGGACCACACAGGAACCACUCAGGUCGAGCUGAGAUGUCUCUAACAGAAGUUCAGUGUCAUUUGGAUCGUGAGGGAGCAUCUGAUCUGGUCAUUGAUCUCAUCAUGAACACCACCAGUGACCGUGUCUUCCAUGAGAGCAUUCUAUUGGCCAUCGCUCUGCUGGAGGGCGGGAACACGACGAUACAGCGUUCAUUUUUUAAACGUCUCACUGAAGAUAAAAAGUCGGAGAAGUUCUUCCGGGUGUUUUAUGACCGAAUGAAAGCUGCACAGCUGGAGAUCAAAGCCACGGUUACCGUCAACACCAGUGACCUUGGCAACAAGCGCCCUGACAAUGACGGUGAUCGAGACACACCUCAGCGGCGUAGAGAAAAGAACCCGGUGGUGAUAGUGACAGAAGAUGCUCGGGACCAGCUCCUGGAGGCGUCUGCGGUGACUAAAAAGGCGUUCAGCUCGUACCGGCGUGAUGUCGAUCCUGAAGAGGUGUACGGUCACCAUGAAUGUGACAAGGGGGGCGGUGACAAAGGGGCGGAGCAAGGCGAGAUGAGUCCGGUCAUCCUCAUCAUGGAGCCAAUUCUGCGCUUCCUUCAGCUGUUGUGUGAGAACCACAACAGAGACCUUCAGGUGCCUAACUUUCUGCGUUGCCAGAACAAUAAGAAUAAUUAUAACCUGGUGUGUGAGACGCUGCAGUUCCUCGACUGUAUCUGUGGAAGCACUACGGGGGGUUUGGGGCUGCUGGGGCUCUACAUCAACCAGCACAACGUCGCUCUGAUCAAUCAGACUGUAGAGAGUCUCACAGAGUACUGCCAAGGACCCUGCCAUGACAACCAGGUACACACAAAAUUGCAUUGCUACUCAUGA